AUGGCACCAUUCAAUAUGGAAAUCCCAACCUUACCUAUACCUGGGGAAAACAGACAGCAAUAUGCGCAGGCCCAAGCACAGGCCCAGGCUGAAGCACAGGCCCAAGCUCAAGCAAUGCAACAACAACAAGCACAAUUUACUGGUCAGUUACAACGUAAAAAGGCCGAAGAAGGAUCAGCAGAAUACUAUUUUGACCAAGCAUGUGACUGGAUGGGUGAGCACCCAUGGUUAACUGGUUUAGGGGCCUUUGGCUUAGCAUAUUUUGCUGCUGGAUUCGUGAAGUCGAAUCAACCAGGUCUUAACGGUAAAGCAUUUAUAAAAGGAGGAUUUGGGGCUAAAAUGUCUGCUAAAGAAGCAUUACAAAUCUUAAACUUGAAAGAAACAAACUUAUCCAAGGCCAAGUUAAAAGAACAACAUAGAAAACUAAUGAUGGCAAAUCACCCUGAUAAAGGUGGGUCUUCAUUUUUAGCUACAAAAGUUAAUGAAGCCAAAGAUUUUCUCGAGAAAAGAGGUGGUAUGAAACCCAAAUAA